AUGGAGAUUAUCGCGUUCUCUUCUCAGCCUUUACUCAUAGCCUCCUCCGUCACUCUCCUGUCGCUCUUGCUCACUGUCCUCUCUCUCCUCCGGUUGAAAACGCCCAGGGAAUCGCGCCACCCUUUGAAAUCGUCGUCGUCUGUGACCCGGGAUUCCGGCUGUUCCCGUGACGGAGCCGUCGUAAAGUCGAACUCUGCCGCCUCUAGUGGGCACGUGAACGGGGAGCGUGACACGACGGGUGAAAUGGUAGUGGCUGCUGGCGAAAAGGCGGCGGUGGAGAGGCAGUGUGGGGCGUCAAUGAUGGAGCAGCUAGUUCCGGAGAUCACGACCCACGCCCUGAGUUAUUUGGAUUACCCGAGCCUGUGUAGAUUGUCCAUGACUAAUUCGUUGAUGCGUAAGGCUGCAAAUGACGAUAAUGCUUGGAAAGCUCUUUAUCACAAGGAUUUUACAUUGGAACAAGUUAGUGUUACGCCUGUUAAUGGAUGGAAAGCUUACUAUGCAGCUACAAGAGCCAUUGUCAAUCUGAAUGCAGAAUUCUUCAGCAUCAUCAGAGAAAGGUCUCUCCAAGAAAUGAGCCGUUUCUGGCUUAAUGCAGAUUAUGUGAAGUGCAUACAUGCAUCAGGGGAACUUUUUUCAGGGUACAACGCUGUGAUACAGAGCUGGCAGCUCGCGUUCAACUGGUGGGAGCAAGGAGUCGAGUUUCAGGUUCGAGACGUGCGGGUCCGGGUCCUGACUGGCAUGGCCUGGGUUACGAUGAAAACGUAUGUCGAGAUGGAGACCGGGCCUUUUCAUGUGACAAAUGUCUUUGAGUUCCACAAUGGGAGGUGGUACAUGGUGCAUCAUCACAGUUCAGUGGACCAGCAGAUUAUGCAUCCGUAA